AUGCUCGUCCUGAGAGUGCUUUUCCCCAUGUUCGCUUCAAUUGGGCUUUCGUGGGCCUCUGCAUCUGUGGCACUUGCUAUGGUGGUCCUCGCGUACUCCCGAUCUGUGCCACUUAUCCUGAUCACAGCACUGGAAUACGCAGCUGGAUUGUCUCAAGUCGCCUGUCUAUGGAGCAGAGACCACAAUUUCAACCGCGCCUGUGUGAUAAUAAAUCUUCUGUCCGUCCCUGUUGUCAUAUACUGGCUGGAGACCGUGCUCGAGGCUCCGUCCAAAUGCAAGUACAUGAAGCUUGCCAUGCUCACCACGUACAUUCUGUCGUGUCUCUUCAAGCUAACAGCCGGCCGUCGGCCGGUAAAACUUCCGGACCCAGAAGCGAACGUCAGGAACAAGCACUCUUCCCAGACUUUGGUGGACGAAAUGGCAGAGAAAAUCAUGGACGUCCACUGCCAAAAGUCUCUCGACCCAUUGCAACCAGCAGAAAUACAUGAUCAACGUUCUAAGCAGGACUCAGAAAAUUCAGAAAAAAUGUCAGACCAGAACGUCUCAUCCGAGUCUUUCCACCUGCACUUCAAGGCUGACGUCCAAGCACAGCAGCUCCUGCAAUCGAAGAUGCCACAAAUGCUACCACAGCUGGAAGAAACUCUGGCACCAAUGUCAUGUUCUUCUGCCGAGCUCGAGAAUAUUACAGAAGUACCAAAGCCGCACUGGGCUAGCCCAGCAGACCCGGGCCUCAACCACGUCUCGCUGGAGGCCUGGAACGAACACUCUCGCCAAUGGCACGAGGAACAGCAGCUCUGGGGAAACAAUUUCUUCAAGCGGCCGGAUCUCACCAGGUCGUUCAGCGACCUGUCCUCAGUGCUGACAGGCUACCAUUCGCAGGGCACCCAGUCACGGUCCAGGUCUUCCACUAUCACCAGGCAUUCACGUGGCUCGCCGUCGAGGUCGAUCCGCAAGUCGCCUUCGUUGCAUUCGACUUCCAGCAGCCCGCUCAAGAGACUGCGCAGUCUCAAAUUCAAAAAGCGUCUCGGGCAUUCCCAGUCGCAGCCAGAACUCAACUUCGAGUUCCUCAAGUCGCUCCAGACGUCCCCGAUCCGCACACACCAGUACCAAAAGCCGCUUUCCUCAAACUUCAAAACGCCCAGCAGCUCGCCGGUCAAAUCGGUUGCAGGAGUGUCUGUGCGGCACUUAAACGAAAGUCUCACCCCAGAGAGCCAGUUAAGUGACCGCUCCAACGACAGCAGCGUCCCGUCUGCGGUGGUCGGGGCCUACGACCGCGAAAAAUGGCACACAAUUAAAAGCCAGCUCAUGCUUGAGGCCCAAGAUAACACGGGUCCAAGGGAGGAACGCUCUCCUCUACGGAGCUGUGCAUAA